AUGAGUGCCAGGUGCCCGACAGUGAGCGCUCUACGUCUCGGCAACAUCAGUACCCUGCGUAUUUCAAGCUUCCAUCCUACCAGCAAUAGCUUACAUCAACUUGGAAGGCGAAACUUAUCUCAAACCUCAAAUAUCGGAGCAGUGCCACCAAAAUUACGUACCGGAUACUUCUUUGCUAAUGCCUUAUUGCCAUUGGAACAAUUUGGGUCCAAAGAUCCCCUAAAUGGCCCAGUCAUAUUAGCCACCUCUCGAAAGAAGGCGAGGCUCUUUCGCUCAGAUUCAGUUGCAACGAAAUCUGCCAUCCUGCCUCAGCAACAAAGAUAUGAACGAAAAUCUAGCGCUACCACAGGCGACAGCUUUCUACCUUCUAACGCCGCAACAACUCUUACAAACUCAGCGUCUACUCUACCUAAAAAUUCACUUCGACAGCUUCUUUCAAUUUUACUUGCGCUUUCCAAGCCACGCUUGACUGUUCUUGUGGUGCUUACUGCCUGCGCAUCUUAUUCACUAUAUCCUACACCAGAUGUCCUCCUCCCUUCCAGUACCAGUGCUCCCUCUCUCUCCCCGCUCACUCUUCUAUUUCUCACUAGUGGUACGACACUCUGCGCUGCCGCCGCAAAUACACUUAAUAUGAUUUACGAACCUAAGUGGGAUGCUCUAAUGUUACGCACACAAAACCGGCCAUUAGUUAAAGGAUUGAUUACCCCAAAGGCAGCUGCCAUUUUUGCUGUACUUAGCGGAGUGGCUGGAGCAACUUUGCUAUACUAUGGUGUGAACCCAACAGUUUCCUUGUUAGGUUUACUAAACAUUGCGCUCUACGCUGGGGUUUAUACUCCGUUAAAGCGGAGAUCAGUCAUCAACACCUGGGUCGGCGCUCUUGUCGGUGGGAUACCACCUCUAAUGGGCUGGGCCGCUGCUGCAAGUCAAACUGCUGUGAUAGGGAAUUUCGAAGAACUAUUAUUAGGCAAACAGAAUAUUGGUGGUUGGCUAUUGGCCACCUUGCUCUUCUCCUGGCAAUUUCCACAUUUCAUGUCCCUUUCAUGGUCAAUCCGCGAAGACUACAAGAAAGCAGGGUACCGAAUGCUAAGCUGGGUAAAUCCCGCCCGCAACUCUCGGAUUGCACUUCGAUAUAGCCUACUUUUCUUACCCAUAUGUUCAGGAAUGUGCUACUUUGGGGUGACAGAAUGGUCUUUUGCUAUAACCUCGACACCCAUUAAUGUGUGGUUAAUUUCAGAGGCAGUUAAAUUUUGGAAAUAUCAAGGUGCAUCCGGGAGUGCACGAGGCUUAUUUUGGGCUAGUGUCUGGCAUUUACCUGUCGUAAUGAUAUUAGCUAUGGUACAGAAAAAGGGCCUGUGGACUAAGGUGUGGAUCGCCAUUGCUGGCGAAAACGAGAAGGAUACAGAUAUAAUGGAAUAUGAAGACAAAACUUGA